AUGAACUUUAUCUUGACCAACAUGCCCUUCGCGUCUUCCCCCGCGUCGCCUAGUUCUCCAAAUCCCACUACUACAGCCCUUCCGCCUCUUGCUAACCAUCCCUCUUCUCCCUCCGUUGGCCCUCUUCCUCCUUUGCCCUCCAUCCAUCCUCAAGUCUCUCACCCGAACUCCCCGUCACCGACAGCGACAGGAAGGCGCAUCGGCAGGAACAACUCUCGCUUCCUGCGUCGCUUUGCUUCCGGAUGGCUGAUUGAUCGCUAUAUUCUCGUCCCGCCCAUCCUGUGGCGCUCUCACGUUGACGUUGCCGUCACAACUGCCGCCAAUUCACCUUCAUCGCAAAAUUCACAUCAACUGCCUCAGUCGUGGAUUGAAGACCUGGAACAGCAGCAGCAGCAGCAGCAACAGCAGCAGCAACACAACCAGGAGGAUCCUACUAGCACAAGGGCGGAACGCCCGAUGCAGUCCGCUAUGGCGACGGAUCCGGACACCAACCCAACCGCCUCCCAGCCCCGGCCUCAAUCUCACCGCCAGGAUCAAGAUCACCAACAGCAGCAGCAACUCAAGAGAAAAUGGAAAAAGAUUUGGCUGAGGGGGCUGUCGGUUCGCAUCCGCCCUCGCAAAGACACGCCGCGACGGGCCACCACCGCUGCCACACCUGUUGCAGCAGCAGGAAGAGGAGGAGGUCCUGAAGGACAAGGGCCGACGGACAGCCUAGAGAGGGGCACCCAGACCACCACUGGUCAACAGAUGCUGCGGCAAUCAGAAACGCUUGUGCACCCGAGCGAGUCAGAACCUCUAACGGACUCCGACCCCUCGACCGUUGCAACCACCGCCUCACACUCUCCCGCAACAUCAACAACCGCUCAGACCACCAAUGUACCCUCGUCUUCGUCAUCCUCCUCGUCUACAUCCCUCAGCGUGAGCGUCGGCGCCUCCAUCGGUAAUUUCCCAUCCUCUUCCGCUCCGUGUCCCACUUGCGGCCAGCGCCGUCACCUCGAGCUCCACCGGCCUCCGACUCCGGUCAAACCCGAGGAUCGCUUCCAUUUCCGGUCCGGCGUGCCCUAUGGUCCGUGGACCAUUACCCAUCCCCCUCCAGUGCCAACGACAUGUCCGCCUCUGCCACAGGAACCUUCAUCCAAAGUACCCAACACCACGGUUGGGAACGACACAGACCCUACACCCCGCCCCCUCACCGCAUUUCAUCCGUUCUCCCGCCUGCCUCCGGAGCUCCGCUCCAAGAUCCUGCGAUUUUAUCUGGAACGGCCUCGAAUAGUCGAGAUCAGAUGCAUGAACGAUCUCAAAAAAAUCCACUUCGCUCCAAAUGCAUUGGGGAACCUUGCAUCCAACAUUGCUUGGAGCGCCGACAACACGCUCCCGGCGUUGAUGUGGGUAAAUCGAGAAUGUCGGGCUGAAACCCGCGCCUUCUACCGCGUGCGGUUACCCAUGCACCCAACGAAUAAGAUUGCCUGGCCUGUCAUCAUCAAUCCGGAAUUUGACACUGUCAUUUUUACAUUUCCUUGGAGCAGCGAGAUUCCCUUGGAUAUUUUCCUCAGCGACUGUCUUGCGUUCGAUCCGCUAGGCGUCGGGAUCCGCCAUUUCGGAACCCGCGACCGGGGUGGGCCAGAGACGUGGGACCUGACACCGGUAUCUGGAUGCGCGCCGCUGUCGACAAGUUUGGCGAAUUUGGAAUCCUACACCGAAGCGAUCCAACUCAUGGACGACCGUGCAGCUGCAAGAUUCCCGGUAUGGAUGAUUCAUGAAGGGUACUUGACGAGUGGCAUCUCCGCCAAGGGCGCAUUUUAUCGAGAUGUACCCCGGCUUCUGCUCAGCAAUGAUUAUGAACCUCCGGAUUCCACCAACCAGCGCAACGCGUUGGAGGCUUUACGGGCACAAUUGGGCGAUUACCUUCCCAAAGACGUGGCGGAGAGGCUGGUGAUGCAGCGGAUGUUUUAUCGCAAGUAUUUCCGGCACUUGAGAAUGAAAUGUACAAAGACGGAUCUUGCAGGGCUUGGCAUGGUCAGGCAGGCUCCCGGCGGCGAGACGGAAGAGUUUUUCUUGAGCAACGGGCGAGAAGUUGCUGGGCCAAGAAAGAAGAGAAGAUCAGCGCUAGAGGUGCGCCCCAGCAGCAGCUGGCACCUAUGGGACGACGAUUAA